UUCUUUCUUGAAUGUUGAUAAAAAAUAGUGGUCGAAGUUCAACUUUUCUUUAACAUUUUUUUAAAUUAAACUUAUCAGAUCAAAAUUGUGUAAAUAAAGUGGUGUUACUAUGUCUUUAUCACCUCAAGUCUUGCUAUCAAAUGCGGCACGAGAAAUAUGCAUUGCGAAGCUGAAAGAGCUUCCACAAUUUAUAUAUGCUGGCAAAACUAAAUCCAUGUACAAAGCGUCUGUUUUAGUGCCUAUAAUCAUCCAGAACGAGGAAGUACAUUUAUUGUACACUCUCAGGUCAUCUAAUUUAAAGUCGCAUAGCGGACAAGUGUCGUUUCCAGGUGGAAAAAUGGACGGCAUGGAAGGAGUGAUCGACACAGCUCUGCGAGAAACUGAAGAAGAAAUUGGUAUUCCUGGAAACUCAAUUGACAUCUGGUCUGCCAUGCCCACAGUGCAAGGUCGAGAUAAGCAGAUGUAUAUAACGCCUGUGGUGGGUUUUAUCAAAGAUUUAGACAUGAAAAAUUUAAUUCCCAAUGUUCAUGAAGUGGAGGAGAUUUUUUCAGUGCCCAUGUCAGCGUUUUGCAAUUCAGAGAACCAGGCACAUCUCAUGUUCGAAGGAUGGCCAUUACCUCUAUUCACACAUGGGAAACACAAAAUAUGGGGAAUCACAGGGUUCAUUACACAUUUGUUUCUUCAGUGUUUCCUCCCCAGUGAUUUGUAUAAAUGUGAUUUUAUGAGAAAAAGUUAUACUAUAGAUGAGCUUCUGCCGUCUAAACUUUGAAAAUGUUAUCCCCCUAUAUAUCCUAAAUGUACAGAAUAAUUUAUAAAAUAGAAUAAUUAUUAUUUAUAAAAGUGUAUUUCACAAAUGACAAUAUCUAUGAACAAAAUGACUAUGAAGUUACUAUCGCAUAACAUUAGUUAUUAUGAAUGGGACUAAAGAGAUAUAUAGUAAAAAUAAUUUCAUUAUCUCUUGGCAACCAUCUUGUUCUUGGGCCUAGUGAACUCAAAAGAAAUAAAAUUUAACUGUUUUAAUUAAUUCAUUAUGAUUAUAAUCUAUACUAAUAUUAUAAAGAGGUAAAGUUUGUAAGUUUGUAAGUUUGUCACAUUUUUUAAAUGGGGUAAUCUUCGGAACUACUGGUCCGAUUUCAAAAAUUCUUUCACCAGUAGAAUGCUACAUUAUCGGGGAGUGCUAUAGGCUAUAUUUUAUAUUAGUAUGAUAUAUAUUCGCCGAGUUAACACAGUUUUUGUCAUACAGGUCGGACCGAAAAUCCUCUUAAGCAGACUUAUUCGCAUGCGCUGCCUUAACCAUUGUGUAAAAUUGAAAUUAAUGUAUGGAGGUUUUAUGUAUCUUUAAAAGUUCCACAAAAAAGUCCGCGACACCAUAUA